AUGGCAAUGCUAGCAACAUUCAAUUUGUAUUUAUGCCGGGUCAAUUUGAGUAUAGCCAUAGUGGCCAUGUCCAAAUAUAAUAAAUCAUCAAGCAACAAUAGUAGUAAACAUGAUAGUAGUAGUAGUACUAGCGAUGCUUGUAAUAUAUUUGAUGACCAUGGUGAUAAUAAUAAUAAUAAUACAAAUAAUCAACAAAAUCAUCAUGGUGAAUUUGAUUGGUCGGAAUCAACACAGAGUCAAAUAUUGGGCGCAUUUUUCUACGGCUAUCUAGUGUUUCAAAUAGUUGGCGGACGACUGGCCGAACUGUUUGGCGCCAAAUGGUUGUGCGCUGCAGGUAUGGCAGUGUCGCUGAUGAUCAACGCCAUGACACCAUUGAUAGCCCGAACACAAAUCUAUUGGCUACUAGUGGCCAGUCGUGUAGUGCUCGGUAUGUUUCAGGCAUUCAUAUUUCCAGCGUUGUAUGCAUUGUGUUCUAAAUGGGCGCCCGAUCACGAGCGCAGUACUUUCCUAUCGUUUCUAUCAAUUGGCAGUAAUGUCGGCACCAUUGCAACCAAUGCCCUAUCCGGCUAUUUAGCUGAACACGGGUUUGCUGGCGGUUGGCCAUCGGUUUUCUAUGUAUCGGCAAUCAUAUGUAGCGCAUGGCUACUGAUAUGGACAGUGUUUAUACGUAGUGAUCCCAGAGAUCAGCCAUGUAUUACACACCGAGAGCUUCAGUACAUUGAAUCAAAUAUCGAUGCCAUAGCUGCUGCUGAUGCUGGUGAUGGUGAUGGUAGUAAACUAAAAAAACUACCGGUUCCCUGGUUGGCUAUAUUCAGAUCGAAACCAAUUUGGUCGAUAAUUAUAGUCAAAUGGUGUAUGUGUUGGAACUAUCAGCUAUUACUGUCAAAAUUGCCAUCAUAUUUGAAAACAGUAUUCAAGUAUCCCAUUGAACAGAAUGGUUUUAUAAACUCUAUGGUAUAUGUAGUGUUGACUAUCAGUAUACUAUUAAGUGGAUUAGUUGCCGAUUUUAUUGUACGCAAAAAAUUAAUUAGCAAAACAUUGUUAAGAAAAAUAUUUGAAUCGUUAGCUGCAUUUGUAUCGGCAAUAUGUUUGGCAGCCAUACCAUGGGCUCAAUGUAACAAUACUAUAGUAAUUGCAUUGAUUAUGAUUGGUAUGAUAUUUUUUGGUACUCAAGCUGGCGGUGAUAUAGCUAUAGUGUCAGAUAUGACCAACAAUUUUACGGCCACUGUGUUUGCCAUCGCCAACACCAUAGCAUUUACAUGCGGUUUCAUAACACCGCUGGUCAUCGGCUACAUUGUCGAGGCCAGUCCCGGCCAACCCCGUCGGCAAUGGAGUUAUAUAUUCUAUAUGUCGGCCGCCAUCAGUGUUUUGGGUGGCAUUGUAUUCCUGGUGUUUGGAUCAGCCGAUCGGCAACCAUGGGAUAGGGAUGAUGUGGUGGUGGUAGUGGUGGACGAGGAGGAGGUAAUAGUAGAGGACAGGCAUGUAGUAGUAGAAGAAGUCAUAGAUACUAACAGUGUAACCAAAAUUUGA